AUGCAACACACCGUUCCCAGGCAUAAACAGCCUGUCAACAGGUCAAAUUCUUUUUAUCACGACUUAAGAGGUCUUUUCCAAUUAGUUACUGAUAUACACUUGAGCAAUCCCCACGGCAACUCCAUGAGGAGCUUCAGAACCUACUGCACACAACCCCACAGCACUCCCAGUGAAGCUGCAAAUCCCAGUUCUUAUGCUAAACCAGAGGUUAUGCAAGGGGCAACUACGACUGCUCCUGUAUCUGUUCCGGUAACUAGUCGGAUGGCUGAUGAUAGGGCGCCUUCAGGGGAUGAAUGUGUAGAAAAGAGCUCAUGGAGGUAUAAUUCCACUGACAAACAGUGGCUGCUGCAGGCAGCAGAUGCUGUGUUCGGUCUACCAUCAAUGUCACCUGAUAUAUGGACAGAAGAACCAGAGGGGGAAAGAAGGCCGCUAAUCUUAGUAGCACUUGCAGAAGCGAUACAGCACGAGGCGAAACUUCGAAAUGAGGCGAGAGAGCAGCAACAAGAGGUGGAUGACCCACUGCUGUUAUCUAAAACGAUAAUCCACCAAAAGUGGAAAAAGAACUUUGAUAUGGUCCGGUUGCUGUUGGCUCACGGGGCAUCUUUAGACAAGCCAUCCGAGGCCGGGGUUUUCCCCCUUGAGUAUUCCAUAAAGAAGCACAGCAUGCAGGCGACCACUCUAUUGUUAUCUGCAUCACAAUGCUACACCAAUGACCACCAGUGGUUGUUUCCACUGCCCCACGAGCUAACGCCACUGCAUCUUGCCUCAGCAGAUAAUGAUCUUAGCCUAGCCAGUUUGCUCUUAAAUGGGCAACCCGAUGGUCUAUCAACAAUAAACGCUCGUUGUCGAAAAUGCAGCUCUACUGCAGUCGCCUUCACGUAUCUGCCCGAGGCCCCCAGCGGACUACUUCCAGAGCGCGCAGUUCGAGUCCAGCUGCCCCUCUGCCGGAACUGCCUGGUCAACGCACGAGACGCUCAUGGCUGCACCUCAGCGUUCUACAGUGGGAGCCGCCGUAUGCUCAGGCUGCUGCUAGACAGUGGCACUAACCUUGAUGCGCGUUGCCGCUCGGGCGACACUCUUCUUCACGCUCUUGUUUACAACGCUUUCCGCAAUGUAGAUCCACCUGCAACAAGCUUGUGGGAUGCUUCCAAGAAGCUGGAGGAGCCACGAUAUGCAGCACCUAUCACAUGCAACUGCACAGAAUGCAGUGGAAUUCGCGGCUCCAGUGCGGCUGCCCUGUGCCGCAUUGGACUACUUCUUGAACGCAUUCAGCUGCGCGCAUCUAACAACGGUGAUACCGUGCUCAAGAAUUCGACCGAGGUCCAAGCCUUCGUAAAUAGGCAUAACAAAGCAGGCUGGACAGCACUUCACAUCGCGGCAGCAAGAGGAUAUUCAGACGUCUGUAGAGUGAGAAACGAUUGUGCUUGA